AUGCGAAUCCAAGCAAAGGAUAGAGCCAGAUCGCUUCCUACAAACAAGUUUUAUGGAAACCUGAUGCUUGAUGACUCGCACGCCCCGGUCUGGACACACCCGUAUGGCUUACGAUGGGAUGGCGCUAGCCUUGGGCAGCAAGGUCUUGGUAUCUCACAUAUCGAUGAUGAUAUGAAAGUAUUUGGGCCCUCACAGGAUUUUUCCAACCCGACCGAGGAAGGAGGGAACAAUUGGGGAGAUGAUACAUCUCCAGGGAGCUCCAAGUAUUACCUCAACCCUUUCCUAGUCAGCAUGGGGCUUUCUGCAGCAGAGUUUGAUACAAAUCACCAGAUGAGUGUCGGAGACUUUGAAGAAUUUGGAUGCACCAUGCUCUUAUUCCCUGACAGCGAGGGAGCACAGGGGCGUCAAGAGAACCCAAGGUCUUUUAUCCGGGUCCCUAUUGUCAGGGGCAUGGCCUUCAUUACAGGAAUAUAUCGUGAUUUGACUCCACAGGUCUAUUCCGAAACCUUAGUACGAACCUUGGAGCGCGAUUUAAACCUGAGUUCUGAUAGAGUAAAUGAAGGCUGGGUUAAGUAUAGAUUCUUGAUCGAAAAUGGAGUCACCUGGUUGUUAUAUGCGAGACCACUAAGGGUGAAAGAUGGUCCAUUGCAGCUUGAAAAAAAGGAGCAAAGACGCGUUGUGUCCACCUCAGGGAAGUUUACAGGAUUGAUCCAGAUUGCUAAAUUACCAAUUGGAAACGAAGUGGAAACGGAGCGUCUCUAUGAUCAAGCUGUUGGUGUUUAUACCACCGGAGGACACCUCUCUGUCCUCCAGAAAAAUCUGAAAAAUGAUGCAGGCGGCUAUAGGAUCGAUUGGAAGUUGGCUGGGGACAUUAGUAAAAAGUUUAUCCACUUCACGCUGCCACAUCAUCGAGAGAUCCUCACAGAUAUCGCAGUUCCUACAUCAGUGACGCUUCCAUCCACGACCAAAGGUAAGAUGGUGGCAUACGAAGGACCUAUCUGGUUUCUAUAUGAGCCUGAACGGCUCAAAGUUGGGCUCCUUCCUGAGAGUUGGUCAGAGGUUGUUACGUCAGAGCGAUUAAUCGAGAUUCGACAGCAAGCAGAGAGAGACGCUGAGCUGGAUUUCGAUCUUGAUGCGGAUCUGGACUCAAUGUAUUUUUCGGGCAAGAGACUUGCCAAAUUUGCGCUCCUAAGUUUGGUCGUAAUUGAUGUAAUCGGGGACCGGAAUGGACCCUUGUAUGAGAAAUGUCUUUGGAAACUCAAGAGGGCUUUUGAGCGGUUUUUGGACAAUAAGCAACAGUAUCGCUUGGUUUACGACAAAACCUGGCGAGGACUAAUUAGUAUACAGGGAUUGGAGAAGGGCGCCUUGGCUGACUUUGGGAACAGUUGGUACAAUGAUCACCACUAUCAUUAUGGCUACUUUAUCCAUACUGCUGCGAUUAUCCGUCACUUAGACCCUAAAUGGAGAACCAGCGAUGUCUCAGCAUUCGUUAACAGCCUCGUACGCGACGUGGCAAAUCCUUCCAAAGACGAUCCUUACUUCCCUGUCUUCCGCUCCUUUGACUGGUUUAUGGGCCACUCGUGGUCCCAAGGAAUUUUCGUUUCAUUGGAUGGCAAAGACGAAGAAUCGACGUCUGAAGACAUCAACUUUUACUAUGCCAUGUCACUUUGGGGUAGAAUGGAUAAUCAGCCCGAGCUGGAACGACUUGGUCAGUUGAUGUUGACGAUUGCGCGCAGGUCUAUCCAAGCUUACUUUUUGUUGGAGAAUGACAAUAUGAACCACCCAAGAGCCUUUAUCGGCAACAAAGUGACUGGUAUCCUUUUUGAAAACAAGGUUGACCACACAACCUACUUCUCAUCACGCAUUGAGUGCAUUCAAGGUAUCCAAAUGAUUCCGGCUACACCGGCGUUACCACUCGUGCGCCGACGCAAGUUUGUACAAGAAGAAUGGGAGAGUUUGUUGAAGUCCCGAGUCGGAUAUAUUGAAGAUGGUUGGAAGUCGAUCUUGAUGAUGAAUUAUGCCACAUUGGACAAGGAGGCGGCAUGGCAAUACUUUUCAGUCCGAGAUGGUGGACGAAUACCACUUGAUGAUGGUUUGACCCUGACAUGGGCACUAUUCUAUGUUGCUUCAAUGAAUACUUGCUCAAAGUAG